CCCUGUCCGGCAAAUACAUACUCACAUCAAUUGCUAAUUGCUCAGAGGACAAAUGACUUGAGUCAAAGCAUUCGUGAUACGCCUGCCUCUCUCUUGCCCUCAGCGACCUUCUCAAUCCUGGAUUCUUCUUCUUCUUCAUCUUCUUCUUCUUCUUCUUCUCCUCCUUCUUCUCCUUCUUCCUCUUCCACCCUCGCAACAACCCCCGUGACCCCCAAUGGCACGACAACUGACAGAAGUAGCCUCAUAUCUACUCCAGAGCCUUCGUUCACAGUGACCCCUACUCUUGAGAACUCGCUUCCAAACAUCAACUCGAUCGGUACAGUUCCAAUUACCAUGUCCCAUUCCGAAAUGCAUGGUUUCAUCAAAGACAGUCAUCUCGAGUUCGGUAUGAAGUUUUCAACCACCACACCACAAAGUGUAAUUUCUGCCAGCUUGAGUUCCCAAGUCACGCCAAAAGUGAUGAUCCGCGAGGCGAACUUCACUCAGCCCUGGGGUCCUGCUGAAGAGGGCAUGCUUGCCUCACUCCCCUCAGGGGCCCGUGAAAUCCUCACCAAUUGGGUAGGUCAGUAUCUUCCUCCUCGACAUCAUCAUUCGCGUGGGAUCGCUCGACUGUGCCUACCUUGUCAUUCAGAAUGCCGAGUGGACGGUGGAACUUAUCAAUUGACCCGAAUGACCAAAAAUGAGAAUAUUGCACAUGCCCAGACAGUAAGAAACAAUAAAGCAAUACAGGAAAAAGGCAGCAAUAGAAAUGUUGAAGACGAAUUGAAGAAAAAGGACCAACUGAAGGGUGAAAUGCUACAGCUGCAAGCCAAAUGCUUCGGUCCUUCACCAAAUCAGUGCCUCAUAUGCAAGCAUGCUCGGUAUAAAGACAACUGUUUGUCUGCUUGUCCUCUCGGUAAGCGGCUCAGUCGACCUCUCACAAGCCUCACCAAAAGUUAUCUUUUACUUUUUUGUCAAAUGUCAACCCAACUUCAAUAUCAACGCCAUUUCAUGGGUCAUUCCAUUCACCUCGACCCUAGUGAAACUGAAUUCUUAAAUCUGAUAUACUUUGCUCCGCUGUGUCAUCUUCUCUAA